AUGGGAUCUGCCUCAUCGAAGUCUAAAACAAUCGAACGGAACACGCAGUUGUCAGAUGGUGCCAGCAAUCCCAGCGAACGCGAUGAAGAGAACGAAGAUGAUGAUUUAGACGGCGAAAAGAGUUGUGUUAAUGACGUCAUAUCGAUGAUGUCGGAAAACAGUGAUGAUACAAUGUUUGUUGCAUACGUAAACGAUCUGAUAUUUCCCUAUGAAAGAGAAGUACCAGAGAAAUUUGAAAAUACCACAGCCUUUAUGAAAGACUAUGUGGGGUACACAAAACCUCCAAAUUUACCAUGGGUCGAGAAACGGACACAAGCAGAAGAGAGAAGGAGGUUGUAUUUAAUUGGGAGAAGCCGGAAUGCUUUCGAUAGGAGAAAAUCUGACGUUCCAAAGAAAACCAAUAAACUUAAGAAAAUAACUAGCGGUAAUGAAGAAAUCAACAUGGCCGACAUGGAAGAAUCCGGACAAGGAAUAAACAAACAAAAACAGUGCGAGGCCUUCACUGUUGACCUCUCUCAGGGCGCGGAACAGAAAGAGAGUCUCCAAGAUGCGUUCUUAAAAUUUAAGAAAGAUAAACAGACUGUAAAUGGAAAGAAGGAAAUCAGAAACCAAAAGAAAAUGAAAAGAAAAAGAAAGAAAAAACAGCGAAAUCCGCAACAAAUGCAAAAAUUGAGGGCCAAAUUUGUUGCCCAAGCAAAGAAAUACUUCGGGACACCAUAUGCAAAACGCUACUGGACUCCAGAUGAUGAGGAAUAUUAUUCCAAGCGUUUUCUGGACUGUUGCGGUCUGGUUCGACAGGUCAUGUUGGAUUUGAGGAAGGAAUUUGGAUUCCGUAUCGGACCGUGGAACCAGGCGUACAUGUAUGACACACUGCCAAUCACGAUAGAGCGAGAGCAAGAUAUGAAGGCAGGGGACCUAGUCUUCAUCUCCGGGAUAUACCCUAAUCCCAAAUCACGACAGCAAAAACAUCACAUGACCCAUGUUGAGAUUUGGGCAGGGGAUGGGUGUAAAACUAUUGGUGCUCGUUGGAACAAAGGCAAAGUGCAGGUUUUUGACCAUUAUAGGUUCCAAGCCAAGAGUUUUCACAGUGAGCAGUAUUAUUUCAAGUCCAUUGACACCUGGCUAGGUGGAACAUGCAAGAGUUUCUGCCCAGAGCAUAAAUGGAGGAGAAGAAAGUUCAAUCCAAGCAAGAAAUCUGUAUUUUGUCUUAGUGGUGAGAAGAAGAAAAGUCCUGAUGCUUGUGCGGGAUCAGAGAAAACUGAUCAGGAGAAACUUGGUAAACAGGUAACUGAAGCAGAGAAAAAGAAAAUGGCUACUGAAGAAGGGAAUACAGAAGAAGAUGAAGAUGCUCAGAUGGCUGAAGCUGAUGGGACAGGGGCCAUGGGCUCCGAGGAUGAAGAGGAUUUUGAAAAACAAGAUGAUGAUUUUGAUGACGAUGAUGAUGAUGAUGAAGAGGAUGAGGAUGAAGAUACCUAUUUGUACCAACAAGAAGAUGAGAGCCAAGAAGAUGAGGAUGACAUUAAUGCCACACCCUUGGGAAUUCAGAGUCAGAUUCUCCCAAAUAGCAGUUCUCGGGCUUCCUUACAAACUUACUCGAGCAAAAGUGUCUGUACCAAUAGGUCAUCUGGAGCAACCAAUCAAAAUACAGAAUCUAUACGAAAAAGUAACUUAGCUAUGGAAAAACAAUUAGCCAGUAAAUGCAUCAUCACAGACAAAAAUGGUAAAAACCUCAACAGCAGUAGUUGCAGCCUGGACUCUGUGUUCUCAAAGGCAACCCAGUCCAUGCUUCAAGGAAAAGGCAGGCAGUCCUGUUGCCAGUUGUCAGCCAAAGACAAGGCUCCAUCAUCUCAACCAGUGGACAAAGAGACCAGAGGUCAGCAGCAGUACUACUACCACUGGCUACUAUUCAUCACAUCAUUUUGGCAUAUUAGCACUACAGGAGGGACAGUGUAUAAUCUGUCAUCAUUGAAUCAUUACAAAGUCUUUGUAGUUCAAAGCAAAGAUAAUCACACUAUUAUGCAAUUGCUGGAUUACCACCAACUCCUAUUUUGCACAGUUGAUGUAAUCGUUGAUAUGGAUAAUAUAGAAGCUUUGCGGGUAGUCCGUACUGACUGGUUGAAUGGCAGGCCACCAGACCAAUGUCCUUUACUGUCCACUGAGCUUGUGCUAACUAUAGGUUAUUACGUCCAAAAGUUCAGGACAUCAAUGAAAGAUGCAACAACAGAAAAGAAAACGGUGGGAGCCUCUGGUAGUGAACCAGUAAAACCUGCUAGUGAACCAGUAAAACCAGAUAGCACCGAUCCUGGUAAAUCCAACCCAGAAAAGAUGGAGACUACAUCGAAUAAACCAGAGGAUGCUAACCCAGAGAAAACGAAUGGUCAGAGGGUCAAACAUGACAGUGGCCUGAACCCCACCAAGACUGAUGCAACUAAAGACACUGUUGCCAAGGAAACCAAAGAGGAUGCCCCCAAGGAAAAAAGCAAAAAUGGGAAAAAGUCGCCUCAUGUCCGCCACACCAAACUUCCUGCUUGUAGCCUCCCAGUUAACAUGCAGCCAACGUUUUAUGUGGGUGGAGGAAACGGCGUAUCACUUGUGGAGGCCCCUUUGCUCAAUCUGGGAUGGAAGCGAACCAGCGACAAGUAUGAUGAACGUUUUCGCCUGAAAUGGGUGGAAUGCAAAACCAGAAUUAAUUAUGGCGCUUUCAAAGAAGGAGAACAAUUAGUGAACCACAUUCCCAAUGCAAACCUUUUGACCAAUAAAUUGGGACUUCUCAACAGUCUUCAAGAAUAUGAAAGGGUUACCAUGAGCACCAAAGGUCGUCCCCCUAGGUUACGGUUCAUGGAUUUUGUCCCAGAGACCUACCGAUUUGAUGAGAAGCAUGACAGAGAAAUGUUCUUGGAACGUUAUAAAGACAAUGAGAUGUGGAUCUGUAAGCCUACAGGAAUGAAUCAGGGUAAGGGGAUUUUCAUCAUUCGAAGUCGGGAGGAGCUAAACAAGCUGAUAGAAGAGAGAGAUCAGAGACGAGAGCAGCUGGCGAAGUCCUCCAAGUCCAUGAUGACCCGCAUCGUACAAAGGUACAUCACCAAUCCCUUACUUCUGGCGGAGAGGAAGUUUGACAUCCGUGCAUACAUGUUAAUUGCCAGUACAACCCCUCAUUUGGUGCUAUAUCAUAAAGGCUAUGUCAGGCUGUGUUGUAAUAAAUAUGAUGAGGACUCCAAAGAAUUAUCUACUCACCUCACUAACCAGUUUGUCCAGAAGAAGGAUCCCAACUACAAGGAUGUUAAGGAGGAUACUGCCUGGAGCAUGGACAAGUUUAAUCAGUACAUCAACGAGAAUCUAGCUCCCCACAAGGAAAUCGAACAAGACUGGGUCUACAACACGCUCACUAAACAAAUGCAGAAGAUUAUGAUCCACUGCUUCAACAGUGUCAAACACAAACUGCAGUCCAGGGUGGGCUUCUUUGACCUUUUUGGACUGGAUUUUAUGGUGGACACAGACUUCAAAAUUUACCUUAUCGAGAUCAAUGUAAACCCUGCUCUCCACAUUAACUGCGAGGCUCUGAAAGAGGUGAUUCCUGGAGUGGUGGAGGAGACACUUUAUGUGGCAAUUGAAUGCUUUGAAAGGACACGCAAAAACCAGCAACUACUGCCGUUAAAUUCCCUGAAAAAUUUCUCCAUACUCUACUGUGGUUCACGGCCAUACAACAUGCCCACCAGAUCCAUCCGCAGUGUUUCUCCUACGAAAGAGAACACACACGAAAAGCGUGCCUCCAUUCCAAAUACUGCUGCUUCAACUGCACCUAGAUCUCUGCAUCGACUCAGCACAUCAAGUACCCCCGUCGUAUCCGCCCCCCCAAUAGUUUCCGCUCCCAGGACAGCACAUGACGUACUUACAACUGAAAAGUCACUCACUGAAAAAUCCAGUGAAAAAGACCCCAAGCAGCCAGCUGUUACCGAUGUGCAUAGGGUGUCUAACCCAAAUGCCAAGUUGUCAGACAUGGUGUCAUUUUCUUCAUCUACUCUACUGGCAGAGGCUGGGAGUUUGUUAGGUCAAACAACAAACGUUCUCGACGAAACAGUUAAACUUAAAAUGAUUCAUGGUGAGGAAAAACAAACAGAAGAAGACAAAAAGCUGAAAAAGGAAGACAGUAACCUAAAAGAGAAGGCAAACUCUGUAGCAAAGAGCUCCGAGGGAGUGGUGUUGAACCUGUCUCCACCUGAUAAUCAAUCAACACAAGCAGAGGAGAACCCAAAUAAAACAAACCCAGCUGAUUCUCAAGAUACAAGUUCCAACACGAAAGCCACCCCUAAACCAAAACCCUUCAUUGGCCGGAUGUCCAUUAAUGCCACCAAUUCUGUACCAGCUACCUCCUCUACGAAAUCUACCACAAAACCUGGUUCUGGUGACACCAAUUCUUCAGCAGCAACUUCAAAACCAGCUGAAAUCACACCUAAAACAGCAAACCCCUAUGUAAUAAUGACUAGCACAACCACCACAAAUCCCAUUGCAUCUUCUAAGAAUGUUUCAAACUUCCCCUUGAUUACGAACAAUGGAAACACAAGUAAAAGUGCUCGCCAUAGUUCAAACUCUCAGUCUCUUCGCUUAUCAAAGGACACAUUAAGUGGUAAACAUUCCGCCACUGGAGGCUUAAGUUCAAAUCCUUACAGUCUCACUAACAACUCGAUAGGAAAAUCUCAAGGUUCAGCAGUGUAUCUCAGCACAGCCACCACCAAAUCUCUUAAUGUGACUGGAUCUAAUGCAUUAUCUACUGCAAGUUCCCAUACAAGUACGAACAGUGCCAAACUAAUGACUGUUCCUUCUGUAACAAUAUCAGAGAAUGGUUCAAAAACUAUAGCGACAUUGACCCUUACCAGCUCAAGAACCGGAUUCAUGGGGAGGGGCGAAAUAAAAUCUGGACUCCGACGUAGCCGGGACCGGGACAAACCGGACAGGGGGAAUUGACUACUACGCUACUCCAAGUACAGCUGGGGGUGACACCUAGUGAGAGUCACAACAAGGGAAAUAACCUAGUCUGUCUCAACAGUAAAUGCAUACAAAAUAUCUGUGAUAUUAUACUAGGUAGUUUGGGGGUCUUAUUGACUCUAUUUGUGAAACGUCAAAUGUACCCACACAGCUUAUGUGCAGCACUUGCAAUUUUCAAUAUUAUAAAUGCAGAAUAGGGAUACUCAGAUACCCUAUUCAGAUAAUCAUUAAAGCAGUUCAACCCCUCCCCCUCCAAAUAUACUGAUGUAAUUACAUGUGCAGGUAAUCACAUCUCCCUCCUCCCCAUAGCAACAGGAUGUCCUCCAUAUUUUCUCUUGCAAAGCAAAUGGAUAUUUAAGUAAACUUAAAAUUUUUGAAUGAAUACAAUUCAUUUUCAUAACCAUGGAAUGUAAAGGAAUAUAAUUCAUUUCACAGAGCAACCAUGGACUGUAAAGGAAUAUAA